AUGUCUGCUUCGUUUUUGGCCUUUUCUAGUAAUCAUAGCGUGCAACUGGCUGGAUACUGUCUAUUCAGCAUGUCACCACUCUGUUUUAUUUGUUAUUUGAGUACUAUCUCUUCGAAUACCGCCGGUCAUACCAAAAAGGUUAUAUUCAGUGCUACUACCUUGGUCGGUUAUUGUGUGGGCAAUCUCAUUGGUCCACAAACAUUUAUUGCCUCUGAAUCACCAACCUACAAGACAGCUAAAACUACAAUCGUGGCGUGUUAUGGUGUCAGCUUGAUUCUAAUUGCUGCCACUUACUACAUUAACCGCAGAGCAAACAGAAUUAGGGAUGAGAAGAAUGAGAAGCUUCCUGACGACUUUGUUAAUUCAGAGUUUGCUGAUCUUACUGAUUUCCAGAAUCCUGAGUUCCGCUACGCACUCUAG